GUUCAAACAAAGAUUGGCGGGAGAAAUUAUUUAUUGUUUAUAUAAUUUGAAAAAUAAGUCCGAUUUCAUUCUUCUAUAGUUGUAUUUUGUUAUCGAUGAGGGCAGUUUAAAUGUAAUUCCCAAAGUUCUGAAUCAUUAUAUGUUUCCGAAAUGGGUUUGCAGAGGGAAUUACUUGAGCAUUUAAAUGCGUUUUCAGAAAAAAAAGUUUCUGAGAAGGUCCUUUUAAACAAUUUAAAUAAUUUAUUGCCCUCUAUUUGGCGCCAUGGAUUGUCAGAAGGGAAUUUUGAUGUUUGUUUGAAAACUUUUGUUGAUAAUAAAAGCCUGAACAAAAAUACUAGAAAAUGCCUUUUGCAAUGCUUGGUCCCAAGAAAGAAACUGCCUAUAAGAAGUGUAAAUGUUCUUCUCCUUUGGUUUUUUUCCAAUUUACAUCAACCUCAUGAUGCGAGCUUAGCUGUUCAUUGGCUUUCAGUUAUGAUUUCGCAUAACUUGAUCGAUGCAGAACCUGUUGGAAUUAUGAUUGAUCAGUUAUUGAUGUGUCUCUUUAAUGAAGAUUUGGCUGGAUCUAUGUGCGAUGUUCUUAAAACUGCUAUGAAGCCAGGUUUGGUUUCAUUGAGAUCAGUAUUUAUUAUUCAAUCAUUAUUAUGCAAUCAGGAUAUAAAACUAAAAGACAAACCAAAAGUGCUCUACCUUCAAAGAUUAAUGUAUGAAUGUUCACCGUCAUUAUUUAAUAGCUCUCCAAUUAGGGCUCUGCCAUAUAAAGAAUCAAAGGAUGCGUUUUCUGAAAGUGUGGCUCAGUUUGCUUUUCAAAAUAAGUUUUUAAAAACAAUUCCUGUUCAUUUAAUGCCACGUUCCAAAAAAGAUUCAGGAUCAAACAUUUCAUCUAGUCUCAUUUCUUUUAACCCGUUUAAAGAAAUAAAUGGAAUGAAGGAUCUUGCAUUACAGAUGAGGAGAAAUGAGAUAUCAAUUUUCGACAUCAAUUCUGCUCUUGGUUCGAAGGAAGGCUUGAUGUACCUUUGUUGGCAUCAUGCAAUGGGUUGGAGUUUUCCUAAAGAGAUUUUCGCUUCAUUAGAAACAGUAGAAAAGCUUCUCGAUGUUUGUCGAAGAGUGAAAAGUGGAUUGAAUUUCAUACCUGCUAUGAUGCCUGGAUUUCUCUUGAGCUGGGAUGGAGAGGAGAAUCAUGAAAUCAUCUAUGAACUCAUUUCUUGGAUGCAUUUCGAAACAUUCGAAGAUCUCUACAAAAAUGUUCUGUUCUAUGUAGUCAACCUUUAUCUUACUGGCACUGUGACAAAUAAAGUUAAUAUACUCUAUUCGUUAACCAAACUCAUUGCCAACAAGGUGACUGCUUUGCCACGGGAAGUGACAGUAUUGCUGAUAGCAUUAGUUGGCAAACUCGUUAAAAUAGGGCUUUGUGGUACGGCUCUUCAGUCAUCGAUGUUACUCAUGGCUUCUGUAAGAUUUUACAAAUAUUUGUCAUUUAUUGAAGAGCGCUACAUGCUUGGAACAUGGACUAUUGCUCCUCCUUUCGUGGUAUUUGGUGCUCUUUUUUCAGAAUGUUUCGUUCUUAUUUCGGAAAUUUGUUCUUUGGUUGUGAGGUAUAAUACCGUGAUGUUAGAAAAAUUCACAUCAUUAGGUCUCAUAGACAAAUUUGAAGAAGAAGAAGAAAUCAUUAAGACAUAUUUAAAAGAUUUGUAUUUAUUCCUAUGGGAAGGCCAGGCCAGUAAAACUGAAUUGAUGGCCUCAGAAGUGAACGAAUCAUUGGUCAGAAAUAUGGCCACUGAAUUCGAUUCUGUGAUGACUGUAAGGAACCAUUCUGGCAUAACUCCUUUAGUGUCAUUUUUGGCUUUGCAAUUUGAAAGGGAUCCAAAAGCUUUAACUGAUGAAGAUUUAAUGAAGAUGUUAAUGAGUUACUGUGAAGGAGUUUUUCUUUUGAAAAGAACACUUUCACCUGCAGAAGAGAAUUCACAGAUGGAAGUAGAAUAGUAAAUUAGAACAGUUCUGUACAUUAUAAUAAUUCUAAGUUACAUUGUUGAAUUUUUAAAAGUUUUAUUUUUGUUCAUGUAUCGAUGAAGU